AUGAAGCCACACCCGACUUUUCCUACUCUGCUGCUCAAUUAUCAGGUCCCAGCUUCUCUGGUUCUGACUUACUAGGGUGCCAGGACAGUUCCAAGUCUGAGAGACUGCAGACAAUCUAACUCUUCCUGGUCUUUCCAGGCACCGCCCCCGCUUAGGGUUAAGGGACCACUUUCUUCCUAUCCUAACCAGCCAGCUGGCCUUAGACAGCUCUGAGCCCUUCGCUGAAACAGACCCUUCCACCUUCUUUCCUUAGAAGGCAGCAGGCGUCCCAGGUUUCUGGGGACUUGGGCUGUCUUUGCUCCUCCCCUCUGGGGCAGAGACUAGGGGUGGAGGGCAGUGCAUUAGUGCAGUGUUGUCAUAGUUAAGCAAUUUCACUUUCCUUUUUCUCCUCUUUGGAGGCCCCUGAAGGAGUUCUCUCUGGGCUUCCCAGAGACUCAGAGGGGUUCGGUCUACCCUGAACCGGUUCCUUGGAGUCUGUGUAGGGGAUGGCAGGAGGCGACAAUGAACUCAGCAGCAGGACAAUCCCAGAGGACCAGAAUGAAGAGGAGUCAGAUGACUAUCAGCUCAUGUUCAAGCACUUCAAAGAAAACAAGGUGGAGAUCGCAAGUGCCAUCACCAAGCCGUUUCCUUUCCUCAUGAGCCUUCGAGACCGAGACUUCAUCUCGGAGCAGAAGUUUCAGGAAUAUCAAGAAACAUGUAAGAACCUGGCCCCAGUGGAGAGAGUCGUGUACGACAUCCUCAGCAAUGUACAGAAGAAGUUUAGCCGGGAUCUUCUGAAAGUGAUAUUCAGCAAAACACAUCUGAAGGUCUACCCCGACUUAAAGGAGACUCUAAAACACUUCUUCCUAAAUGCAUCCAAAACUAAUGAUGAACAAGCAGAGGAGAUGCUUAGCCUCCCACAAUGCAAUGGAGGAGUUUUGGCCCAGGAGCACAGCAACCCACACGUGAAAAGAAGUGUUCCUGUGUCAUGUGUUCCCCAACAUAUGUGCCAGAAGACCUGGAAGCAAGGAUGGGAAGCAGCCAAGGAGAAGGUGUGGGCACCAGGAGGAACAUUCCUGCAAGAAAACCCAAGAAGCAGAGAAUCCUGGCAGGUCUGGAGUCUGCAUUGUAGACCAUGGUAGCCUGGAACCCACAGAGAUCUGCUUGCCUCUUGUUUCCUGAAUAGUGGGAUUAGAGGCAUGUUUCAUCCAGCCUUUGGGACCUUUGAGGAGGAAUUUCAAAUACUAAUGUGGAAAAGGCGUGGUGUGCUGUGACGGGAUUUGAAAGACUCAGUGAGGACUCAGCAGGAAGUGAGGAGCGUUCUGGAAAAAACCUACGUUUCUUCAGUCUACACCCUUCUAUUUGAACAUAUGACCAUAAAGGAGGGUUCAGUGUCUUUGCAAUUCUUAUUUUACAUUAAAUGUAUAGUGGAAAGCACAAAUCCUAAGCACAGCCUUUGAAGGAUCCUGCUAAUUGUAUGUCUUAACAAUAAAAUCUUGUGGAGACACAGAACAUGACCUUGAAGCUGACAAGAUUUUCUGUGCCUUUCGUUGCCCCUUAUUCAUCAAGGCAGACACUUAUUGUCCAAGGAUACUUAGUUUAGGUUGUUUUUAAGUGCUUUAUGAGUAAGAUUUCCCAGCAUGUUCUUUAGUGUAAAGGUUGCUUUCUCCACAGAAUGAUUCUGCUGUGAACUUUUGUUGAAGAAUGCAGUGGCAGUUGGUUCCUUUUUAUUGCUAUGCAGUCUACUUUGUCUGAGUACCCCAAUUUUUUUGUAUGCUCUC